GGCAGCAUGGACAUCCGUAAUGACGUCUCCCAGCUCCAGAAGCUGGAGAACUGCUCCAUCAUUGAGGGCAACCUGCAGAUCCUCCUGAUGUUCACCACGGGCGCUGAGGAUUUUCGAGGGCUCAGCUUCCCUCGCCUGCUCAUGAUCACUGAAUAUCUCCUCCUGUUCCGUGUCUAUGGGCUGGAGAGCCUACGAGAUCUCUUCCCCAACCUCUCCGUCAUCCGUGGCACCAACCUCUUCUUCAGCUACGCCUUGGUCAUCUUCGAGAUGCCUCAUCUACGGGAUGUGGGGCUUCACAGUUUGAGCCACGUCCUGCGUGGUUCCAUCCGGAUCGAACGUAACCAGGAGCUUUGUCACCUCUCCACCAUCGACUGGGGACUUCUGCUGCCUGACGCCGUGGACAACACCUACAUCAUCGGCAAUAAAUUAGCUGAAGAAUGUGCUGAUGUCUGCCCAGGCAUCUUGGACGUGGAGAAACCAUGUGCUCAGACCAGUGUCAACGGGCAGCUGGAUUAUCGCUGCUGGACAUCCAGUUACUGCCAGAAAGUGUGCCCAUGCGGCGUGGGCUCGGCGUGUACGGCGAUGGGAGAGUGUUGCCACCCCGAAUGUUUGGGGGGUUGUGGGCGACCCCGCGAUAACCGCGCUUGCGUCGCCUGUCGCCACUUCCACUUCAACGGGCACUGCCUGCCCUCCUGCCCACCCCGCACCUACCAGUAUGAGGGCUGGCGCUGCGUCACCGCCGAGUACUGCGCCAGCCUCCGCAAGGUCUCCGACAACCCUCGUGAUGCCUCCAAGUUCGUCAUCCACCAGCAGCAAUGCCUCUCCGAGUGUCCCUCAGGCUACACCAGGAAUGACAGCAGCAUCUUCUGCCACAAGUGCGAGGGGCUGUGCCCCAAAGAGUGCAAGGUGGGCACCAAGACCAUCGACUCGACGCGGGCGGCGCAGGAGCUGGGGGGCUGCACCCUCGUUGAGGGGAACCUCAUCGUCAACAUCCGUCGAGGCUAUAACUUGGCCUCGGAGCUGCAGAGCAGCCUGGGGCUCAUCGAGACCAUCACAGGCUUCUUGAAGAUCAAACACUCCUUUGCCCUUGUCUCCUUGUCCUUCUUCAAGAACCUCAAGCUGAUCCGUGGUGACUCCAUGGUGGAUGGGAAUUACACCCUGUACGUCCUGGACAACCAGAACCUGCAACAGCUCUGGGACUGGAGCCACCACGUCCUCUCCAUCCCCGUGGGCAAGAUGUACUUUGCCUUCAACCCCAAGCUGUGCCUGGAUGAGAUCUACCGCAUGGAGGAGGUGACAGGCACCAAGGGGCGGCAGAACAAGGCGGAGAUCAACCCCCGCACCAACGGGGACCGGGCGUCCUGCAAGACCCAGACCUUGCGCUUCAUCUCCAACAUCACCGAGUCCGACCGCAUCUUCCUCAAGUGGGAGCGGUACCGACCCCCUGAGUACCGGGACCUCCUCAGCUUCAUUGUCUACUACAAGGAGUCACCCUUCCAGAACGUCUCAGAGUACGUGGGGCAGGACGCCUGUGGGGCUCAGAGCUGGAACGUGCUGGACGUGGAGCCACCACUCAGCAGUGAGCAAGCGCCGGGGGUGGCCCUGCUCAACCUCCGUCCUUGGACCCAAUACGCCAUCUUCGUCCGUGCCAUCACCCUCACCACCGCUGAGGAAGGACGCAACUACGGGGCGCAGAGCGAGGUGGUCUACAUCCGCACCAUGCCGGCGGCCCCAACAGUACCCCGGGACGUCAUCUCCAUGUCCAACUCCUCCUCUCACAUCGUGGUGCGUUGGAAGCCGCCUACGCAACGCAACGGCAACAUCACCUACUACCUGGUGCUGUGGCAGCAGUUGGCUGAGGACAUGGAGCUCUAUGUCCAUGACUACUUCCACAAAGGUCUGAAGCUGCCCACCAGCAGUGCAGACACUCGCUUUGGGGACGGGGACAUCCCUGAGGUGGAGCAGGACACAGAGGAGCGGUGCUGCCCUUGCCGUCCCACCGAUGGCCAGCUCCGCAUGGACAGUGAAGCCGAGUCCUUCCAGAAGAAGUUUGAGAACUUCCUCCACAACUCCAUCAUCAUCCCCAGGCCACCCUGGAAGGUGACGUCCAUCAACAAGAACCCACAGAGGACCCCGAAGCGCCGCAGGGACGUGGUGGCUGUCACAUCCCCAGCCAACACCUCCUCAAUGGAGCCACCAGCCCCAAGCCACGUCGGGGGCGAGCCCAAACCUGAUUUCCAGAUCUUUGAGGACAAGGUGGUGCGUGACCGGGCGGUGCUGUCGCGGCUGCGGCACUUCACCGAGUACCGCAUCGACAUCCACGCCUGCAACCACGCCGCGCACACCGUGGGCUGCAGCGCCGCCACCUUUGUCUUUGCCAGGACCAUGCCAGAGUUACAAGCUGACAACAUUCCUGGCAAUGUCACGUGGGAGCCGACCGGGAAGAACAGUGUCCUGCUGCGCUGGGAAGAGCCCAGGAACCCCAACGGGCUCAUCCUCAAGUACGAGAUCAAGUACAGCCGGGAGAGCGAGGAGGUCACCACCGUUGUCUGUGUCUCCCGUCACCGCUACUCCAAGUACGGGGGUGUCCACCUGGCCCUGCUCCAGCCGGGGAACUACUCGGCCAAGGUCCGGGCCACCUCGCUGGCAGGCAACGGCUCGUGGACGGGGCUGGUCAAGUUUUACAUCCUGGGGCCAGCUGAGGAGGAGUCCAGCAGCUUCUACAUCCUGCUCACUGUCACGCCUGUGGUCCUCAUGGUGCUCAUCUCCUGUCUCGCCGUCUUUGCCUUCUUCUACAACAAGAAGAGGAGCAAUGAUGGGUACCCCAGUGGGACGCUCUACGCCUCCGUCAACCCCGAGUACUUCAGUGCCUCCGACA